AUGGAGGAACCUUCAAAGUUCGCCAUCCAUGAAGCUGCUCGAGAUGGUAGAACACUUGUGGUGGAAUCUUUAUUGAACGCAAAUCCCAAACUGGUCGACCGAAAAGACGACGAUGAGCGUUUGCCAAUCCACUGGGCCACGUCGUAUAAUCACUUGGAUAUUGCCAUCCUUCUCUCUGCCGGAAAGAACUUCGAUCCUGAUGUUCAAGACGGCUCUGGCUGGACACCCCUAAUGAUCGCCGUAUCUCUCAAAGAUGGCGAAGAACUAGUCAAGCUCUUCCUCCGCAAAGGAGCAGACGUAAACGCCAAAACACUUCACUUCACCGCCUCGAAAAACAACCUCGACGUCGCUCGCACCCUGCUAGACAGCAAACCGCCCGCCUCAGUCCGUGUCAAAGACAAGCGGGGUGUAUACCCGAUCCACCGCGCUGCGGCAGUAGGAAGCGUGCCUAUGGUCGAGCUGUUUAUCAAGCAUAGGAGUCCAUUGAAUGCCAGUGAUGAUGCGGGACAGACACCGCUGCAUCAUGCGGUUGCUGAGGGUCAUGGAGAUACGGCAGUAGCGCUGCUGAAGGCGGGAGCGGAGACGGAUAAGAAAGAUGGUGAUGGGCAUACGGCGCUGGAAUUGGCUCCUGAUGCUCAGGUCAAAAAAUACAUCGUACAAUCCGCGGAGCGCGAGGGCAUAGAGUUAUAA